UUCUGCGUAUUUUGUUUCUUUCAGUGGUGGAACAAGUGAUGUGAUGUGUCCGAGCGUUCUGCAUUCGUCAAUUGUAUUUUCGAGAGCCCUCUUACAAACUAAAAUUCGCUUAUAUUUAUACUGUUCGCGCUGUGGUGUCGAACUCGAUUGAGUGUUUCGUCGCGCAAAUCAGGGAUGUCAAACCCAAGAUCACCACAAAACCACACGAUCACGUAAAUAAAAUGGAGGGUUCAAAUUGUAAAACAGAAAAAAAGUUUUACAACGAACCAUCUUCUUUAUAAUAGACUUUUUUUUCACAUUGUUUUACUAUUAGUUAUUUACAUCGGUUUUUUUUUAACAAAAAUAUAUUAAAUUUUAAUAGCUUAAAGUAAUACAUAUAAUAACUGUGUAAUAUAUACGCGCGUACCUGUGCGCACCGGGCACUUGUGUGCAUGUACAUACUCAUGUGCAUAUGCAAGCAAUAAUACGCUUAUCAAAAAAAAAAAGAAAAAAAAAAAAAAAAAAAAAAAAAAAAAAAAAAAAAAAAAAAAAAAAAAAAAAAAAAAAAAAAAACAGUACCUAGACUAGCAAAUCCUGAGUGAUUAAAAAUUAAAAAAUUAAAAAUUCAAGAAUACAGCCAGCUCCCUGAGAGGACGGUGCUUCCCUGAGAGGAAUUUCUUGAAAAAUUUACCAUGUAUCCCUGAGAGGACACUGUUUCCCUGAGAGGAAUUUCCAGAAAAAAUAACCAUGUAUCCCUGAGAGCCCAAGUGCUACAAAUCCACUAAACGACCACUAAACGGCUUCUAAACGACUCAAGUUCUCUACCUAAACGGAAUAUAGAAAGACUUCGUUUAGCAGACGGCAAACGACUCAUGCAUUCUAAAAAUAGCAAAAAAGCUGGUGGCGCUAUCUGUUGGUGGGAUACCCCAACCAGUUGAGCUUCAUCGCUUGGAGGAGAGCUUUAUCAUUUCCUCUGUACUGUUGUAUGGUUUCGCAUUGAAGUUAUGCAUCGCUAGAACUAGAACGGCGAUACGAUUGUUUAAAUACUAAAUUCCAAUGGAAACCAUCAGCACUGAAGCAAGUGAGAUUUGAGUAAUGGUCGUUGGUGUUGAUACCCACGUAUCUGACCACACGACCAUUCAAAUAGAUUUUUGCUCAGAAAGUUAGAAGGCUAUAUAGGUCAUGAUAAGAUGAAACUUGUCGAAACACAUUGCAAGAAAAGGAUAGCAAUAUAAUGAUGAGUUGUAAUACGCCAUCUAUUGAUCAAUCCAAUGAAGCUGUGGAGCUUUCAUUUUUUUUCUAUGGAUAUUCAAUUUUCCAGUCGUUUAAGCUUAAUCUGUGGCGCUUGGGAGGACACUGUUUCCCUGAGAAGAAUUUUACGAAAAAUAUAUAUAAAAAAAAAAACAAACAAAAUGCAUGACAUAGACACAUCUUGUUUCCGAGACACGUGAACCCGAGAUAAAUAGUAUAAUUUUAAAUCAAUUUACAAACAACUAAUAGUUCUAUCUCUUUUCUCGGAUAUGUACCCAAAAAUAAUUUAAGUUUAAAAAAUAAUAAUAAAAAAAAUAAUACUUUAUGCAUCACAAAUUACCCCCAUUUAAAUAUUAUGCUUAAAUAUUCAACCGUACGUCUCGGGAACGCGUAAACUCGCACCUUAUGAACAGGCUGUGUACUUCUAGUAUUAACUUCUGACGCAAACGAUACGGUCUCAGCACCUCUAUCAGCGUUCCAUAAUAGUUAACAGAACUAUAUUUUGGUUUGUCUUCAUAGUUAAUUUAUUUAUAGUGGUAUUGUUUUCGCGUUUUGUUAAUAUUUUAUCAUAGCAUGACACAGGCCAACAUUGAUGCAUUAACGGAGGCUUUAUUAGCAGAAAAAAACAAGAAUGCCCUCUUGGAGAAAGAACUUAAGGAAACUCGUAAAAAGAUCCGGCAUAACACCUGGAUAGAAGAACCUUCGGAAAAUCAACCGUUUGACCCCGAACCAUACGGGUCCUCGACAAUGAUCCAAACACCAGUACAGUCUACUAACGAACUUUCGAUGCUUACGUCGAUGUCAUUCGCCUCGUUACAAGUUUCCACUUGUACUCCCAAGGAAGGAGAGGAAGUGGAUAAAAAAUCCUUCGAACGAUGGAAGGAACAGCUCGAAGCAGCAAUGAAAUUGUCAGGCAUUUUUAACGAAAACAUGAAAAUGAAUGCUUUCAAAAUGAAAGCAGGUUAUUCCUUAUUAGAUACUCUGGAAGCUACAUCACCGAAUGAUUCAUCGAGCGAUGUACAGUUAUUCCCGUACACUAAUGCAAUGGAAAGGUUGCAUAAAUACUAUAGCUCACACGAUUACGUUUUCCUACAGCGACAAAAAUUACGCUCUAUGAAUCAGAAUGACGGCGAGUCCGAUUUAACAUACGUAAAGAAAAUAAUUGACCUAGCAAAGCUCUGCAAUUACAAAGACAACCAAUUGAUAGAAACAGUAGUCGACGUGAUCCAAGCACAUGCUACUAAUCCAAGAGUCCGUAAGACAGGAGUAAAAAAAGUAAGGAAACGUGGAUCAAUAACAGAUCUUUUGGACAAAGUGCGAGAAUGCGAAAUGGAACAAAUGAACGAUAUAAAUUUCGCAAGGACCCACCAGCAAAACUCACAAGUCCAACCAUCAGCACUAGUGGCCGCCGUGUCCAACAGCUCUUACCAUAACAAUGGGCCUCGUAUGGGAGGAUUCCAUCGCGGUAACUCACUGUACCAUCAGAAAUAUUGGGGCAUGCAAAGCGGAAGAGGAGCAUCUAGACUAACACCAUCGCGGUUUUCAUCAAAUAGACCUUCCGGAGGUCGUCGCGAACAAUGUGGAAGAUGCACUAGCAACUAUCAUUCUUCUGAGAACUGCCACGCCAUCAGCAAAAGAUGUCGCAACUGCCACACCGUAGGGCACAUCGAACGUGCAUGCCGUCAGGGGCUUCAGGAUAAAACCAAACGUCGCGCAGAGGAAGAAGAAGCAGGAUCACCAGCAAUUAAGACCCGGAAGAUCGUGGCAAUUAUGGACAGCAAUAACACGCCCGAAACAACCAGUGAUAAAGAGAUCGAUAUGAUGAAAGUGGCGAGUAAAGACAGCUAUUUACAGUUAACAAAGUCCCCUGAACAGACAAUCGCUAUAAAUAAUGACCAGUUGUGCUCAGUCGAGAAGGGAAUCGACAACGAAGGCUUUAUUGUCGGAUAUGUCGCAGGCGUUCCUGUGAAUUUCAUGAUUGACUCCGGAGCGGACGUGAACACAGUAGCUGAAGAUAUUUAUGAAGAGUUAAGAGGAAGUGACCCUAGAACGAACCCGAUAUACAAUAUAAAAGAUGGAACCGAUCGGACAUUGAAAGCUUACGGGGUACAGAAGGAAAUUCCUGUGGUUGCUUCCUUCAUAGCCGAGCUCUACAUAUCUGAAGAACGCCCAAGAUCUUUAGAAAAAUUCUACGUUAUUGCAAAAGCAAAGCCUUUGCUUAGUAGAAGUACAGCAAUUAGAUAUAGCGUGCUGCAAUUGGGCUUGAACGUGUCAGUAAAAUGUUGCGCAUCAAAAAUCUAUAAUCGGUUGUUACCGGGAGAAAUACUGGCGAUAUCAAUGCCGGGAGAGUUCCCAAAAUUCAACGUUGCUCCUGUAGUUCUCUCAUACGAUCGAAGUUUACCACCAUCUCGAAACGUUUUUACCAAUAUACCAAUCGCUUUCAGAAACGAAACAGAAAAGCGUUUAGAGAAUCUCUUAUCCUCCGGGAUUAUAGAACGCAUAAAUGAACAAAUGAACAAGUCUUUUUGCUCGUCACUCCUGGUAGUAUCGAAGGGUAAAAACGACAUCCGACUAGUCGUUGAUCUUCGAGGACCAAAUAAAUGUAUCGUAAGAUCGCCGUUCAGAAUGCCAACGUUGGAAGCGAUACUAUCAAAACUAAACGGGGCAUCAUGGUUUUCGACUAUAGAUUUGACUAGUGCGUUUUUCCUCGUUGAGCUCCACGAAUCCUGUCGUCAUCUAACGAAUUUCUUCGCUGGUAACGGUACUUACCGUUUCAAAAGAUUGCCAUUCGGAUUAUGCAACUCACCAGAUAUCUUCCAGGAACUUUUACAAACCGUUGUCCUGGCUGACUGCCCAGGAGUCCUUAAUUACUUAGACGACAUUCUAGUGUUUGGCUCUACUAAGAAAGAACACGAUCGACACUUGGAUUCAGCCCUUUUAAGAUUGCGCGAACAUAAUGUCCGUUUAAGCGACAACAAAUGUAUAUUCGGUGCAAGGUCCGUUAAAUUUCUGGGAUUCAACUUAUCUGGUGACGGAUGGAGAGUUGAGGACGACAAGAGAAAAGCCAUCGAGAACUUUCGUAGACCGGAAUGCUUAUCCGAAGUCAAAAGUUUCUUAGGGCUAAUGAAUUUUGCAGAACGUUUCAUCCCUAAAAGAGCCGAAAAAACAGAGAGACUAAGAACUCUUGCCAGAUCAGAGACUUUUUACUGGACGAGGGAAGAAGAAAAUGAAUUUCAAUUUCUGACUAGCGAAGCUCUUAACGCAAUUGAUAGACUCGGAUAUUUUGAUGAAAAGGAUACCACAGAACUUUAUGUUGACGCGUCCCCAACAGGACUCGGUGCAGUACUUGUACAAUUUAACGACGCAAAAACACCACGUAUAAUAGCUUGCGCUUCCAAAUCACUCACAUCAUCAGAAAAAAGAUACCCUCAUACGCAGAAAGAAGCUUUGGCAAUAGUAUGGAGUGUAGAAAGGUUUACCUAUUACUUGAUAAACAAAUUCUUCACAAUUAGAACAGACUCUGAGGCUAAUGAGUUUAUAUUCGGCAGCUGCCAACGUACGGGUAAAAGAGCGAUUACAAGGGCAGAAGCAUGGGCUCUUCGUCUUCUUCCAUAUCAAUUUAAUGUAGCUAGAAUACCCGGAGAUUUGAACGUUGCCGACGCACUUUCACGAUUGAUCGGUAAGUCUCAAACAGACGACGCGUUCGAUGAAGAUAACGAAAAACAUUUGCUAUAUGCACUGGACGCUGGCGAUAUGAAUAUCUCAUGGACAGAUAUACAAACAUCAUCCGAAUCAGACGAAGAACUGCUAGCUGUUAGAACGGCAAUUCAAAACGGGAAGUGGAUAAAAUCCCUCCGGCGAUAUGAGGCAGAAAGCAAAAACCUCGAAACAUUAUGACCUAUCGUUUUCAAGGGCGACCUUAUAGUACUACCUACAAAUCUUCGUGCUAGAGCACUAGAAGCGGCCCAUCGAGGUCACGUCGGUUGUGGGGCUACAAAGAAGAUACUGCGAGAAUUCUUUUGGUGGCCGAAUAUGUCGAGGGAAGCAGCGGAUUACGUGAGUAAUUGCGAGACCUGUAUCGUAGUCUCGAAAAGGAACCCACCUAUACCCAUAUCAUGUAGAGAAUUACCUAACGGACCGUGGGAGAUUUUACAGAUCGAUUUCCUAUCCCUACAGGGUUUUGGAUCGGGGGAGUUUCUGCUGAUCGUAGAUACGUAUUCUCGUUAUUUGCACGGGUCAGAAAUGAGACUGACAAAUGCUAAGUGUACCAACGCAGCCCUAUCUAAAGUCUUUUUAAUAUGGGGGUUGCCUUUAAUUGUCCAAAGCGAUAAUGGGCCUCCUUUUCAGAGUUCGAAUUUUUUUCAAUAUUGGGAAGCUAAAGGGGUUAGGGUUAGACCCAAAUAGCCAGAAUUGCUUAAGCAGCUCAUUUUGGCACGCUAAAGAUCGCUGCUCUAAUUCGCCUUUUGCAGUAGAUAAACAGCAUCAAAGUUCCAGACAGGACUUUCAAAAAGCUGUUAAGCAGCUUCGUGUCAUGGAUUUGCAAGAAAAUUUGCCUUAGCGUUUUGUUGUCAAGUAAGACUACAUAACCUCAAACAAAAGGCGCGCAUCACACUUGUCAGGCAUGGAUUGUGUGAAUGUGUUGGUGUGUUGGGUUGAUGUGAGCUUUCUUCUGAUAUUCAUUGUAUGUAUGUGCUGUCUAUGCUUAAUGUGUUAAGUUAGUUUGAUGUGUGUGUUAUAGUUAUAGUUAGAAUUUAGUGUUAUUUGUCUUUAUUAGUGAGUUUUGAACAGUCGACCUCCGUGUCUAUGUCAUUUCCCUUUCCUAUGUUAGCUAUUUGCCCUGAUGUCUCGAUGUAACAUCAAAUAGCUAUAAAAAUAAAUUCACCCAUCCGAAAUCAUCACAACAUUGCAACCACAUAGACAAACUGCAGAUAUUCGCUGAGUCUCAGAAAUUCCUGGAAAAAAACCAACAAUGUAUUUCCAAACGACAACCCGUACCAUUCAGGCAGAACACACAGGGCAGAAAGGCAGCAGAAAAUCUACGGCAUACGUAUCUAUUUCCAUCAUCAUAAAUAUAGUCUGGAAAAUGCCUUUUAACAUCGUUGAAACUGUAGAUGGUAGAGGCCACAAGGAGCUGUUGGCCGUCCCUGAAACAUGGAUUCAAGGAACAAGCAAAGGGAUAAAUUACCUUAUGUGGCCAAACGUCCGGCGAGCCGAUAGUUUAAACGCGCUUUUACUAGAUGAUUCAAGCAUGCCUUCUAAUUCAUGGGAGAGAAUAAUGUGCAAGAUAAAACGUACAGGACUGGAAACAAUCGCACAAGCUAAUCGCAUUAUACAGGAUAUGUGUUUGGUUUCAUCAACGGAUUGUAGUGUUGUGCACGAAGAAAAGUUAUGCAAACCUAGAAAGACGAAGCAACAUGCUUUCAAACCAGACAACAGAUUUCAACAAAUGUUAGUUGAGGAACAGCCAAAAGAAGAGAGUAACGAGGCCAUAGAAUGCUUGAAUGAAGACAAUUCAAUAGAAUUUGAGGAAGAGGAAUAUUUGGAAAAGGAUGAAACUAGCAGUGAAGUUGACCAACUUAAACUACACGAUUCGGAACCUGCAAAUCUCAGUACGAAUGAUCGCUUGGAUAGAUUAGAAAAUACUUUGUUUAUUGUAUUAUCAAAAUUAAAUAUUCUUGCAGACAAAACAGUGAUUACCACACCUGAACUUUCUCCUAGUAUUGACGAACGAUUGGAAAAAUUAGAAAGAGCAAUGUCUACAGUUUUGGCGAAAUUGGAUAUUCUUCUAGAUAAAACAGUUAUUCCGGUAUCCAUGCGUCGCAAGAGAAAUGACAUAGGAUUUCAAGUGGCCAGUAGCAUAGAAGAGCUGUCAAUUUUAGAAUCAAACUUGGCCCAACCAGAUUAUUUCAAUGAAGUUUCGUCAUGGUUAGAACAUAACAUAUGGGAAAUCACCCCCGAAAAUAGGAUGAUAGAAAUUUUGGAUCUAAUUUUUUCAAAAAAAAUUUUGACCCUCUGUAGUUGGACCGGCAUAGGUAAGGGAAAAGAAAAAGUUCCUAUGAUGACACAUAAAAAUAUUCUUGAAUUAUUUAGACUUCAUGGCAGCACAGAAGAGGCUGUGGUCACCGAUAAAGUUUUGGCUCGUUUUUUUAUGAAAAAGCUCAAAAAUGCAACAAAACGAGCUUAUUCGAAGGGAUUGCGAAAAAGUACACAGCACAAGUUCGAAUCUGUUUGAAUUCAUUGUUUUGUU